CCAUGUUGUAGGUUCAGGCCCCGGAGGAGAGAUGUUCUGCUUGUGCCGUGGUUGGGUGCCGCUCCGGGGAGCUCAGGGGAGCGCGGGCGAACCCGGAAGCGCCAUGCAUCAGAUCUUCAGUCAAGAUUUAAUUCUUUUUGUAAAAAUAAGCAACCACAUCCAUCUCAGUAAUAUGAUUCUUUGGCCUUUGAGGAUGUGGCCAUGAACUUCAGCCAGGAAGAGUGGGCUUUGCUGGAUUCCUCUCAGAAGAAACUGUACAGAGAUGUGAUGUUGGAAAUCUGCAGUAACCUCACUUCUAUAGGAAUCAAGUGGGAAGAUCAGAACAUUGAAGAGCAGUACGAACAUUCUUGGAGUUAUCUAAGAAGUAGAAAUAUGGUAGAUACAGCCUGUGAGUACAAAGAAGGUGGUCGAUUUGAAGAAAUCUUUACUUGGAUCCCAAAUCUCAACAAGAGUACAAAAAAUUUUACUGGAGUAAAACCAUGUGACUGCAGUGUGUGUGGGAGAGUUUUCACUUGCUGUUCAUCUUUUAAUAGACACAUCGUAUCUCACUCAGCGUACAAACCAUCUGAGCAUGAGGAAUACGGUUCCCCUGAAAUACAACAUACUCACAGUGGAGGAAAACCCUGUGGAUACAAGCAAUGUGGAACAGCCUUUGUUUGUCCCAGUUCACUUUAUACAGAUGGAAGAUCUAACGCUGUGGAAAAAUGUUACAAAUGUAAACAAUGUGAUAAAGCUCUGAGUUCUUCCAGGUCCCUUCAGAAUCAUGAAAGAAGUCAUACUGGAGAAAGACCCUGUGAGCGUGAGCUGUGUGAUAAAGCCUUUCAGCAUCAAAGUUCAUUUCAGUUACACAAAUUAACUAAUACUGGAGAAAACCCCUAUAAAUGUAGACAAUGUGGAAAAGCCUUUAGAUGUCACAGUGAUCUUCAGUUACACAAAACUGUUCAUACUGAAGAGAACCCCUAUGAAUGUAAACAGUGUGGUAAAAUUCUCAGUUCUUCUAGUUUCCUUCGAGUUCAUGGAAGAACUCAUAACGGAGAAAAACCUUAUGCAUGUAAACAGUGUGGUAAAGCUUUCAAAUAUCAAUGUUACCUUCGACUACAUGGAAGAACUCAUACAGGAGAAAAACACUUUGACUGUAAAAAGUGUGGCAAAGUUUUUAGAACUCACACUACUCUUCAAACUCAUAAAAUAAUUCAUACUGGGAAAAAACCCUAUGAGUGUAAACAGUGUGGUAAGUCCUUCAUUUAUUCAUAUUUACUUCAAACCCAUGAAAGGUCUCAUACUGGUGAGAAACCCUAUAAAUGUAAGAUAUGCAGUAAGGCCUUUCUUUGUUCCUCUUUUCUUCAAAGACACAAAAGAACUCACGUUUGGGGAAAACCCUAUAAAUGUAAACAUUGUGGUAAAACCUUUAGAUGUCAUAGUUCCCUUCGCUUGCAUGCACGGGCUCAUACUGUAGAUAAACCUAAAUGUAAGAUAUGUAGUAAAGCCUUUCUAUGUCCUUCUUUCCUUCGGAAACAUGAAAGAACUCACACUGAGGAAAAGCCCUUCCAGUGUAAACAAUGUAGUAAAACCUUUAGAGAUCAAAGUUCUCUCCAAGUACAUGAAAGAUUUCAUACUGUAGAGAAACCCUAUAAAUGUAAAGUAUGUAGUAAAGCCUUUCUGUAUCCCUCUUCCCUGGAACGACAUGAAAGGAUUCACACUGGAGAAAACUACUAUGCUCGUAAACAUGCAUGUAAACAAUGCAGUAAGUCUUCCAUUUACCCCUUUUUACUUCAGACCCAUUUCAAAACUCACACUGGUGAGAAUCCCUAUGAAUGUAAACAGUGUGGUGAAAGCCUCAGUUGUCCCAGUGCCCUUCAGUUACACAAAAGCGCUCAUACUGGAGAAAAACCUUACGCAUUUAAACAAUGUGGUAAAGCCUUCCGAAGAUUAAAUUAUUUUCCAGUAGAUGAGAGAACACAUAGUGAGGAAAUGCCCUUUGAAUGUAAGCAGAGUGCUAAAACUCUCAGUUGUUCAAGUUCCUUUCAGCUACAUGAAAGAACCCAUACUGGAGAAAAACCACACGAAUGUAAACAGUGUGGUAAAGCCUUCACAGUCCUCAGCUGUCUGCGAAUACAUGAACUGUCUCAUAUUCGUGAAAAACCCUAUGAAUGCAAGCAGUGCAAUAAAGUCUUCAGUUGUCUUAGUAAUCUUCUUGUGCAUGAGAAAAGUCAUGCUGAAGGAAACCCCUGUGAAUGUAAACAGUGUGGUAAGCCCUUUAUUUCUCGUUAUUUACUUCAAAUGCAUGAAAGAUCUCAUUCUGCAGAGAAACGCUAUAAGUGUGAGGUAUGCAAUAAAACCUUCAUUUAUCCCUCUUUUCUUCAAAGACAUGAAAGAACUCAUACUGGAGAAAAACCUUAUGUUUGUAAACAGUGUGGUAAAGCCUUCAGAGUUCAGAGUUCCCUUCGAUUGCAUGAAAGAACUCAUUCUGAGGAAAAACCAUAUGCAUGUCAGCAGUGUGAUAAAGCCUUCUGGCGUCUCUCUUCUCUCCAAGUACAUGAAAGAAUCCAUACUGGAGAAAAACCCUAUGAAUGUAAGCAGUGUGGCAAAACCUUCAGAUGUCACAGUUCUCUUCAAGGACAUGAAAGAACUCAUAGUCGUGAAAAACCGUAUGAAUGUAAACAAUGUGGUAAGGCCUUCAGGUGUCACCGUUCCCUUCAAAGACAUGGGAAAACUCAUGCUGUAGAAAAAGGCCCCUGAAUGUAAACGAUGUGCAGAGGCUUUUAGACUUUUUAAUUCCCUUCAAAUGUUUGGAAGUACUUGGGGAAAAAAAACAUAGACUGGAGAAAGGUCUUUUGAUAAAAGAUGCAUUAAGAUGUUAGUUCCAUUUGAAGACUUGAAAAUCUCCAGUGGAAUACCUUGUGAACAGAAUAAAUGGGUAUGGGAGUACCUUAAUUUCUCAUCAUGCACUAGAAUACACAUAAUAGUGCACAGUAGAGGUAGAUCUUAUAAGAAUGGACAUAGCAGUUUAGAAAGUAGUUUGUUUUUUUUUAAUUUUAACUAAAGGCAUAUGAGAAUUCCUAUUGGAAGGAAAUUAUAUAAGUUUAAGUAUAUUGAAAUCUUGUUGCAUAUUAAUCUCUAAUACUUAAAUUUUUAUAGCAUGAAUAUUACACAAGUUAGGAAUAUAUUGUGUUUACCGUUGAUUUACAUUUGAUGACAGUCUGAAAAAGGCCUGUUGUGAAGAAGGCCUGUUGUCCUAGCUACUCAUGUGGAUGAAGCAGAAUUACAAGUUCAGGACCUGCCCCAGCUGCCCAGAGUAGAUGAGUGCUGUAUAUAUAGUGCAUUGGCCUGGCAUGCAUGAGUCUACAUUCAGUCCUCAGUACUGCCUUCAAAAGAAUAAGAAUGUAAAAAAAAACAAAGCCCCAAAUUGGCUGAGCAUGGUGAUGCAUGCCUUUCUUUAAUCCCAGCACUCUGGAGGCAAUGGCGGGUGAAUCUCUGAGUUCUAGGCCAGCCUGGUCUUCAUAGUGAGACCCUGUGUCAAAAAAAACAUGAAUGUCCCUAGAAUAGAAUACAAGUUUUCUUUUUUUUGUCUUUAUAAGAUAGGGUCUCCCUGUAGCCCCAGCUGGCCUGGAACUCACAGAGGCCUCCCAAGUGGUGGGAGUAAAGUCAUGUGGCCACUGUGCCUGGUCUACAAAUUUCCGUUUCUUUUGCAGGGAUACAUUGAGGUGAAAAGUCUGUAAAUAUGGUCAGGUCUCUUAACAAUGGAAGUACUUAGUGAUAUAUAUACAUACACGCAUUGUUAAAUAAUUUCAAAGUUGUGUGAAUAUCAUUGACUGUUUAACGUUUCCUGAUGCUGUGAUAAAAUACUCUGACAAAAGCAAGGAAAGAAGUGUUUAUUUUGAUCAUAGUUGGGGGUUACAGUCUGAUUUGACAGGGAAGUCACAGCAGCAGGAGCUUAAGGCAGCUUGUCACAGUGCAUCCACAUUCAAGAAGCAGAGAGUGAUGAGUGCUCAUGAUCACCUAGCUUCCUGUCUUUAAUGUAGUCCAGGACCCAAAUUGGGAAUGGUGCCGCCUUCUUUGGGGUGAUUGUUCCUGCCUCAGUUAACCCAAUGAAGAUAAUCCCUCAUAGGCACACCCAGAGGCUUCCAGGUAAUUCUGGAUCCUUCCAAGUUGAUAAUAUUAACUGUCACAAGUGUACUCAUGGUAUCACCUACCACACACCAUUCCAAACAUCUGUAGUGUGUUUUACUGCUUGAAGAAACUUUUUUUGGUUUAUGUGUAUGAGUGUUAUGUCUAUGUGUAUGUAAGUGUAUCCAUGUAGUGCAGUACCCAUGGAGGACAGAGAGGGCCUCAGAUCCCCUGGAACUGGAGUUACAGAUGGUUGUUAGCCACUGUGUGGGUGCUGAGAUUUGAACCUGGGUUUUCUGUAAGAGCAGUCAGUGCUCUUAACUGCUGAAUCAUCUUUCCAGCCCCUUUACUGUGAUAAUAUGGCUGAAACAGAAACUAUUUGGUGUAAAUAAAUGAAAGGCUAUGACACAAAGAUAAAUGCUGCAUUUACUUAAUUGACCACAUCCUGCAACUAGAGCUUUUCAGACUAGAUGUUGCCCUGGGUAUUGGUGAGUGUUUAGUGAAUAUGAAUGUGAAGGGCAUUACUGUACAUACUGUAAAUUUUAUAAACACUCUAGACUUAGAUUGGACUAGGCGUAUAAAAAUAUUUUCCUCGGCAGUGAAUUAACAACUUUUUCACCUUAUGCAGUUUAAAAAAUUUAAUAUUUCACUUGGGAGGCAGAGGCAAAUGGAUCUCUGUGAGUUCAAGGCCAGCCUGGUCUACAUAGUUCCAGGACAGCUGGGGCUACAGGGAGA